AUGAUUGACCUCCUUGAACCGCGCGUUUACACCUCUGGCUCUCAAAGAAAGCCGGCAACGCUGCGGCCACUACUUGCGUCCCUGACGUCUGUGGACCCAAACUCGAUGAUUAUGUUCCUUUCGGACGGACAACAGCUUAGGGAGGAUAAUCUCAGGGAACUUAGUGGGGCACAGGAUCAGACAAUCUUUGUCUUUAACAGGGACUACCUUGACCUAGAUAUUGAAGAGGUCAUGGGGACACUCGGAAUUCGAGAAGGGGAUGGGCUCAUACCUAGUGACUCGCUGCAAGAGGACUCUAUAUCAUCCCUCCAUACUUCCCAGAUACUACAAGACCAGUCGCAGCGGGCUCAGCGACACCAGUCGUAUAUCUCGGCACUAUUCCAGCAAAUCCAUAGUCAGCAUGAAGCGCUCGCAAUCGCAAGCUCCAAUCUGGAUAUGCACAUAUUUACCUUGAACGAGGCGUGGAUUGCGCUCAAGGAGAGUAUCGGCUCAGGCUUAGACACACAAGCCAAGCUGCUUGAAGGCAUAGAUUACGACCUUGACGCCAUCUCACAGUUAGCGGUGCAUCCAUCCUUUUUAGCUGUGGCUGCGACCAAACCUGGUGCUCCUCCGACGACGCCAAGUAAGGAGAAAGAGGCAGAUACUGGUGGUCCAAAGAGUAAAAUGCUUGGCGAAUACGUCUCGAGAGCAAAGAUGAAGGUCGUGGUGGAUAGUUGUCGCAAGAUUCAUCUUGAGCUCAUGGCCAAAUUUCGAAGUGCUCAAAAUACGAUGGACGAUCUUGCGAAGGGAAGCAACGACGUCCGAGCGUCAAUCAACACAGAUAGUGCCGUUUCGGAGGCAUCCUUGUCAACGAAGAGAGCCAUGGAUGAAGUCGAACGUCUCGGAGUAAUUCUCAACGCAUGGAGUGAUCUCGACGGGGAAGGAACACAAGAGCAAACCGAUGCUGUCCUCAAAGGUAGACUGAUUACCCAAGCAUCCGGACUUCUUAUGACAUAUUUCGCAGAGAUUAAAGCGAUUGACCAUCGUGUUCGUGAGGAGGUAGUCCUCAUAGGCGAGAUCAAGAAUCGACAUACGCGGCAACUCUUGACUACACUCCGCCAAAUAUCUACCCUUCAGUCCGCUAUCUUUGCCUUACCUAGCACCUUGAGUGCACUUGAGAGCGACAUUAGGGUAAAAGGCGGCUUCUCGCAUCUGCAACGGUUACAUGGAAUGGCGUUUGCUUACGGGGCUAGUGUCAUUGAAGUUGUGCGGCGGCGAGAGUUCGGAAAGUUUUUCAUGCAGCGAGCUCAAGCCAUGGCGGAGAUCAUGGCCAAAUUCUCGUCUUCAGAACGCAAGCGCCGGCAGGUUUACCGUGGAGAGUCCUUAUCGUUGCUCCCUUUCGCGACACAAGGAAUGGAUAUGCCAGCUCCGUCUCUGGAAAUCUCGACCAUGGGAGUGGAAGAAGUUCCCUAUGAUAUCAGUAGAGAGGAUGUGGAUGCUCUUCUUGAGACCAUGCGACAAAUUGAGAGGGAGCAUGACCCGUUACCUCCAGGUACAUCCACCUCAGGAUCAGGGCCUCAUCAUCCUAUUAGGGCGACAAGGGAGGCACUCGAAAAGCUUCUAGCCCGUAUGGACAGUCUCGAAGCAGAUUUUGACAAGAUUGCCGAAAAGUCGAUCCUCUCCAAUGCCCGUUUAUCGUACUAUAAGCGACGCUCCAUAAACGAGGCUACGGCAUACAACGAAGCAUUUGAACAACUUCGCGAGCUGCAGGAUCAAAAACAAGCCACUGAGCAAAAAUUCUCUGUCGAGCGUGCGAAUCUCCAGAACCGCAUCCGCGAGCUUGAAGUAGAGAGGCAGCAGCUAAAUUCUCAACUUCCCAACCUGGAAACGACGAUUGAGCAUCUCCAAGCUCUUCUACAACAGGCGCGGAAUAAUGUAGAGCAAACCCACGCUCGGUACGAAGAAGCGCGGGCUAGGAGCGAGACGUACGAGCAAGACCUACUCCAGCGAAAUUCCGAGCUUGGAAAGCUGCUCGACAAGCUUGCUGAAGACGAGCACGCUCAACAAGCGCUUCAGAUGGAAAACUUGUCAAUGGCGGAAACUAUUAAGGCGUAUGGAGAGCAGUUGGAAAGGUCGAACACGACAAAUGGUGCUCAUCUGGAACGUAUAGCCGCCAUGGAGGAGGACAUAGUAUCCCUCUCGGAGGAGAACAAGGUCCUCAUCCAGCGAGAUGAAGAGAAUCGACGGCAGAUAGAUGAGUUGGAAAGGCAACUUAGUGAGGCUCGGCGGGCAGGCGACGAAGCGCAGAGCGCGCUGAAGGACGCUGUCCGUGACCGUGAUCGCCUGCUUCGCGAUCACCGAGUCGAAGCAGACGGUGAUCGAGCCGUUCUCGAACAUCGGUUCGCCCAAACACGUUCUGAACUCGACUCGUCUCGCCAACAAGUCACAGCCCUUCAGCAAAAGCUCACCGCGGUCAACACUCAACUUUCUUCGUUCCAAUCGCAAAACUCUAUCCUGCACAAGGACUUGUCGUCGCUGAGAGAGGAGCUACAGCGCACCGGUCGUGAACUGGCCGCGUCCUCUCAAAGUGAAAACCAGGCUCACCAGAAAGAGAAUGCUCUUCGUGCCGAGUUGACAUUCGCGAACAAUGCUCUUGUGCAACUAGAGGGGAAGAUGGAACGCAAUGAAAGGAUCCUUGCACAAGUCUUCGACGUUGCGAUUGCGUUUCGCAAUAGCCAUGCCAAGGCACUUGCACAAGCGCAAACGAUGCUCCGUCCAAUAGCAGCGCGGGCAAGUACUGGACCAAAUGGGCUAGCAAGCAUUGCAGAUUCUACUUUCCUUACUCCGACUGGCCAGAUUGAUGUCGGUAGUCCACGCCAGGGUUCCAUCGUCCCUCCACAGGAAAGACCAGCGUCUCCAACGCCAGUCGAUCCCUCGGAGCCAAAUACUGCUCUUGAUAUCCUCCGCGAGUUCGAUUUGGACGCAUUUGCGGAGACGAUUGCAAAGACCGGCAUGACCAUUCGCAAGUGGCAGAAGCAAUGCAAAGAGUAUAGGGAUCGAGCUCGAGGCAAGAUUUCGUUUAGAAACUUUCAACGGGGUGAUUUGGCGUUGUUCUUACCCACGCGCAACUCGGUGGCGCGGCCAUGGGCUGCGUUUAAUAUGUCAUUCCCUCAUUAUUUCCUCAACGCUACCGGUCAUAUUGCAGAGCAACUGAAGACGCGAGAAUGGAUAGUAGCGCGGAUCACUUCCAUCUCAGAAAGGGUAGUAGACAGUAAAGAUCCUACGAGCAACCCAUAUGGCCUCGGUAAUGGCGUCAAGUACUUUAUGCUGGAAGUUGAAGACUGGACUCUCAAUACUCCGAGCUCGGUGAUCCGACCAAAAGUAUCAAAAAGUGCCUCUACGCCCCAUAAGCCCAUGGGCCAGGUCGAAUCAUGGCGGGAUUCCACCAUCCUCUCACAAUCACCACCGCAAGCGCUACCUUCCCUUUUCUCUCUCCAGUCGAAACAGGACGCGGACCCAGACAUUGCAGAAGGUAUCAGUCCGGCUACUGCUCGACCGAGGGCGGCCACCGCUUCAAGUAUUGGAGCCGGCCCAUCUUCUCUAUCUCGGCUGCUUGCGCAAGCCACCAAGGAUCCUUCCCCAUCAGAGAACAAAAUCGUCCAACCGUCACCUCCGUCACCACAGAAACCUCCCGUGGAGGCAAAACCUGGCGUCGGUUCGCUGAAAGAGGAGACCGAAGUUAGAGUGCUCGACGUACCAAAGCCGGAGCCAAAGCUGGAGCCAACGCCAAACCCAAAGCCAGAAUCUGUAUCAUCUGUUCACACUUCAGCGCCAGCGCCUACCGUAGAGUUGCCGGUUGCAACACCCAGUGUUGACAAGCAAGCCUCAACGACAAGCUCGUCGGUUGAAGCCCGUCCCGCUCAACCUCCCAUUAUAUCUCCCCAAUUUCGAAUGUCCCCGAAAGAUUCUCCUCGACCUUCACCAAGGCAACGCCCGGCUUCAUUACAUAUUGCGAGCGGUUCACCACUGGCUAUUACUUCCAAUGUCAACGUCAAGGGAAGCAUACCGGGAUCGACAAACGACCCAAAUCGGCGAAAUGCCUCGGUUCGUUCAUCAAUGUCAUCUACUCGACCGACUUCGUUAUUCAAGCGGCCUCCUUUCGCGCUGGCGUCGUCCCCCUCGAAGCCGGUUGUAAUGACUCCCGCUGUGACGGAUGUCAUUACGCCCUCAGUCGACUCCACCUCUCCCUUCCGAGUCUCGUCGGAAAGUCUAGAAAGAAGUCUAAUCCAAGAGACACCGUCACCAGCAGACUCUGUAACGGAAGGGAUGAACAGUAUGUUGCUCGGCCAUAACCGGUUCCGUACCACGAGUACCAUUACUCCAGCCACUUCAGCUCUCACACAGACUGCAAGAAGCAAUCAACCUGUGCCGUCUUCGCCCCUUGCUAGUGUCAUUUCCUCCUGGACAGGUUGGAGAAAGAGGCGGAAUGACAGUAUUGGUACGAUUACUGGAAGUGAUGCACAUAUGAGUGCCUCCCAGACUGCCAGAGACCGUAGGUUGGGCGCCUCUGAAAGCGACGCGGAGCGUUUACUUCGCAAGUACAAUCCGAGAGAGUGA